UCCCUGCCCCGCUGCCUUCCCUUCCGGGUUAGCCGCCGCCACCGCCUCCUCCCGGGCCAUGGGGGACGCCCCACAGAGCGCCGCGGCGGCUCCGCUGGACGCGGGGCUGGGGCCGGCCCUGCCCCGGGGCGCCGGGAGCUCCGCGGCCGCCCAGGACGAGCUCUUCCUCAUCAAAGGUGGAAUUUUUCUAGGUACUGUUGCAACAGCAGGAAUGAUAGCAGGUUUUGGCACCACACUUGCCAUGACAAAAAAGAAGAAUCCAAACUGGUUCAGUAAGGGUAUUACUGCCACAGCUGCAUUACCAGAGAGUGGUUCAUCAUUGGCCUUACGAGCCCUAGGAUGGGGCUCACUCUAUGCAUGGUGUGGAGUUGGAUUGCUAAGUUUUGCCAUCUGGAAGGCUCUGGGUGUUCACAGUAUGAAAGAAUUCCGAACUAAAAUGCAAUCAAUGUUUCCAGCAAUUCCUAAAAAUAGUGAGUCCACCGUUGAAUGGGAAGACUUACUUAAAUCAAAGUGAAAGAAUCAAAAGCAUUUGGAGAUGGCUCUUUCAGCAACAACAACAGCAGAAGUAGCAGAAGUGUCCCAUAUGAAAAAAGAGAAGAAAGCUCAGACUGAGCAAGUUACUGGCAGAGUCCACUGAACUUGGGGAUGCCAGUUAACAUCUAACAGCAAGAGAAUUAAAAUAAUUAUUUAUACUGUACUUCUUCAGCAUGUUUUAUAGUUGAUUUGGGAAGAAAUGAACCGUCCAAGACAAGUUUGAUUCAACUAGAAAAAAGACUGUAUCUUAUGAAGACUUCUAGAAGAAACUAACCUCAGUCGUAAGUAUGAGGACAAAACCCCAAUAAACUAUCACAUCCACCUUUUCAGAGAAAUUUUAGGGAAUUUCUCUAGGAAACAACAGUACUUCCAGUGCCAUUUACAUGUACCAUUAAGAAUAUAAACAUAAGACAGUUACAAAAGAUGCAUUAAUGAGCCUGAAGGUAAAGCACACAGUGCACUCUGCUAAAAAUAGAGGAGAUAUUUAAAGUUGUAACAGAAAAAGUGUCUAAACCAAGCUAUUUUUGUAUGUCUGAUGAGAAAGUUUAAAUACUUCCAAUAGGGAAGUAAUGAUCUACUGAGCUCCUCUGUAGAGCAGCAGCAGAGAUCUCAACAAAGUGCACUCUCUUUCCUCAGUAGUAGACUUUUUAUUGGAUCCCACAAUUGGGAAUCUGCAUAAAAGCCUCUACUAUAUUUGUAUGGAAAUGUUAAGUUUUAGGUGAAAAAAACUUUGUAUUUCAGUGGUUCCUGUGGCUCUUCUAUUAGGAAAAAUAAUGUGUCAUUUUCCAAACUGCAGUAAUCUCAUGAAUCGUGGGUGUAAACUAGGAAGAAUAAUGUCUCAAACAUUGUAUUUGCAGAACUGUAGAUCUGUAAAAUUGCAGAAAUUAAAAAAAAAAAACCCAUCAGUGAACAAUCCUUUGUUGAAUGCUCAAUUAUCAGUUUUUUUAUUAAUUGCACACAGUCCAAUUAAGGCAGCUGUCAGAUUUAAUAAAGUCCUCUUCAAACCUG